AUGGCGCCCGAGGACUCCGAACGUGACGAGGCGUCGGGUCUCAAUCGGCGUGCUCCUCAGAUUCGAUGCGAUAAGCGUUCGCCAUGCUCGAACUGUCGCAGUUCCCGUAUUGUCUGUCGAUCUACAGGCGAGGGCCAGAAGACGCAAGAGCCCCGGCGGCGGGUAUUGAUCUCCAGCCAGUAUGAGAAAAAGAUAGAUCUCAUCGAGGAACGUCUGGGCACGAUCGACAGUACUCUUCGUGAACUGCUAACAGCUCAGACCCGAUCCCUGAGAACAGAAAAUCCAGCGGCCUACUUGUCUCCCUCAUCACAAGCGGCAACUCACCCACAGACUCGAUCGCAAUCUUUCCCUGCACGUCAAAGACAUCGACAUCUCAGAAGCAAUCCCGCAAUUGACCAGCAUGACAAUGAGCAAGCAUUUGAGGGUAAUUCAUCGCUCGCGGCGCAUUCAGCCUAUGCGAGCGAAUUCCUGGAGUCUGCGGUGUCACACAGUGGCCCACAGAUUGGGUCGAGCCCUAAGAUUACGGAUGCACUGUCGUCACUGAAGCAGAUUGUCGGAAUCCAGAAUCAACGACGGAAGGCGGAUGCGCAAGGUGGGCAGUUUCCAGGCAACAUUACCCGUCUGGGUGCUGCCAGUUGUGACAUCCGGGAUUUGGAGAUGCCGCCCCUUCCCGCCGUGCUAACACUGUUGAGGAAUGUCAAGGAGAAGCCCCCAUCUUUCUUUGCAGGCUUCUGUCCCUACAUCACCGUGGACUAUUUCAUAGACAAGUGUCGUGAAGUAUAUUUUUGCACAGACGACUACUCAGACUCGGCAUUUAUCGUGACAAAUAUGUGCCUCUACAGCAUCUUCCUCGAGUUCGGAUUUAUGGAGCAGAAUGAUACCACAAGGGAUGAAUACCUGCAUUAUUAUCGGAUGUGUCGCGGGAAUCUGGAAGCAGCACUAGCAGGUCUAAAUAUGCUGAUGCCUGCCACCAAGGAGUCAAUCAUGGCGUUGGCUAUUGGGGCCAUGCAUUCAAUAGAAAUCUCCAAGCCCUCUGUCGGAUGGACCAUGGCAACAACUGCUGCGAAUCUAUGCCAAACACUAGGGUACCAUCGAGCGUCAUCCAUGGAACAUGAUAGCCCUCCGGUUCAGAGAGAGAAGCAGUGUCUUUUUUGGACUAUCUAUGUCAUUAUCAAAGCACUUUCAUUGCGCUUGGGUCGGGCAUCCACUCUCCAGGACUGGGAUAUCUCGCUCCCCAUGACUUUCGACCAUUUCGACAAUCCGGAGCCAUGGAAAACUGUCUGUACGCUGUGGGUCAAGACCGCCAUCGUUCAAGGCAAGAUUUACGAGCUCGUGUACAGUCCUGCGGCAUUGAACCAACCAGAGAGCGAACGAGUAUCGCAUGCGAACCGUUUAGCUUCUGAGAUGCAGUCAACGGUGAUGGAGCCGUUUGAGGUAUAUGAUCCUGUCAUGUCGGAAUGGAAUCCAACUAAUAUAGAUUCCCAGAGACUCCUAUCCAUUGACUAUCAACUCUCUGAAAUUGAUAUGAUCUACCUGCGUUCGGACGAGGUUAGCCGUCUCUCUAUCAUGACACUGAUAUACAGAGCCAUUCCCCCACCGGCGGGGUCUGGCUCUACAUUCAUACCAGAGUGUGUCAAGACAGCUCGCGCGGCGCUGGAGAGCCAUCAGGCUUGUAUGACUACGUUGAAGGAGUGCGAUGAAUUCAUCAAAUGCUCAUACAUGCAUUGGGCAAUCUUCCACGCUCCCUUCGUCCCCUUCAUUGUCAUCUUCUGCCACGUCAUCGCAACCUCCUUCAGCUCAGACCUGACCCGGCUAGAAGACUUCGUCUCGUCCCUCCGCCCUCUCUGCUCGUUCUCCGAGGCCAUCGACCAGCUUCACCGUCUCUGCCAGGUUCUCAGCACCGUCGCGCGACUCUAUCUCGAGGCUAAAGCCCAGAGCCAGGCAGGUGAAGACGAGAGUUUAGCGUCUGUCGGCCAUGAGUUCGAUCUCUACCUUGGCGCACUGGGCCUAGCACCGGUCAGCAGCUCGAUGACGGCGCCGCAGGGUCCCCUGCCUCCGCCUGAUAUCGGGUCUAUUUCUGGAUUCACGGAAGCGCAAUUCCAACAACAGGAAGCAGGGCUUGCUGUUGCAGAGAAUCCCGAUUCUAGUGUUGCGGCGGAGAUGUCGCAGACUGCACAGCUGGGCAAUUGGUUCUGGGGGAAUCAGUACAUGAUGGGUCUUUUGGAAGAGGAUUUGUCAUUGUUCGAUCCCAGCGCGCAGCUUUGA